AUGCCCGAUCCCUCAGCCACCCAACUUCGCCCUACCAUCCUCACCACCCAAACGCCAUCCCAUAGUGCCCACCACCCAACGCCCAUACCAUCCCACAACCCAACUGCCCAUACCCUCCACCACCCAUCUGCCAUACCUCCCUCACCACCCCUCUGCCCAUACCUCCCCCACCCACCCCAACUGCCCAUAACCCCCCACCCACCCAGUCCAUCCCCACCCUGCCCACCCACCACAUACUGCCCAGCACCCCACAUACCUCCCCACCACCCAAUCCCAUACUCCCACCACCAACUGCCCAUACCUCCCACCACCCAACCCCAUACUCCCCACCCUCCCCACCACCCAACUGCCCAUACCUCCCCACCACCACAACUGGCCCAUAUCUCCCCACCACCCAACUGCCCAAUACCUCCCCACCACCCAACUGCCCAUACUCCCCACCCACCCAACUCCCAUACCCCCACCCACCCAUCUGCCAUACCUCCACCACCCAACUGCGCCAUACCUCCCACCACCCAACCUGCCCAUUACCUCCUCACCACCCAACUGUCCUACCCCCCCACCCACCCAACUGCAUCCACCACCCACUCCAUACCUCCUCACCACCAAUCUGCCAUACCUCCUCACCACCCAACUGCCCAUACCUCCCCACCACCCAAUGCCCAUACCUCCACCACCCAACUGCCAUCUACCUCCUCACCACCCCAUCUGCCCAUACCUCCUCACCACCCAACUGCCCAUACCUCCCCACCCACCCAAAUGCCCCUACUCCCCACCACCCAACUGCCCAUACCUCCUCAACCACCAACUGCCCAUACCUCCUCACCACCCAACUGUCCAUACCUCCUCACCACCCAACUGCCCAUCACUCCUCACCACCCAACUGCCCAUACCUCUACCCCAACUCCUACCUCCCCACCCACCCCAACUGCCCAUACCUCCCCACCACCCAACUGCCCAUACCGCCUCACCACCACUCUGCCCAAUACCCCUCACCACCCAACUGCCCAUACCUCCCACCCACCACAACUGCCCAUACCCCCCACCACCCAAUCUGCCCAUACCUCCCCCACAGCCAUAUCCCACCCCAACUGCCCAUACCUCCCCACCACCCAACUGCCCAUACCUCCCCCCACCCAAUGCCCAUACCCCCCACCCACCCAUGCCCAUAACCUCCCCACCUUCACCACCACCCACGCCCAUACCUCCCCACCACCCAACUGCCCAUACCCUCCCCACCAACCAACACUGCCCAUACCUCCCCCCAACGCCCUACUCCCACCACACUGCCAUACCCCCACCCACCCAUUGCCCAUACCUCCCCACCACCCAACUGCCCAUACCUCCCACGCACCAACUGCCAACCUCCCACCCAAUGCCCAUACUCCUCACCACCCAACUGCCCAUACUCUCACCACCCAACUGCCCAACCUCCCCACCCCCCAACUGCCCAUACCCCCCACUACCCAACUGCCCACACCCCCCAGCCAACUGCCAUACCCCUCACCCAACUGCCCCCCCCCCCAACUGCCCCUACCCCCCACUACCCAACUGCCCAACCCCCCCACCCAACUGCCCAUACCCCCCUACCCAACUGCCAUACCCCCCCCCCCCCCAACCCAACUGCCCAUACCGCCCACCAACUGUUUCGGCCCUUUACCUCGGCACCCUCCUGACCCCAAGGGACAGACCGAGGGCUUGGUAUGA